UAUGUUUCCCCAUUUAUAGAUUUGUGGGGAGACCUAAUGAAAAGGUUGUGGUGUUCCACGGAGUGGCCUAUUGCUAGUUUAUACUUCGGUUCACAAAGAUCACAGCUUGAUCUCGAGAAUGUCUUCCUUCUAUUAUGUAACAUUUUUGGCCCUUCUGACGACCCCAGCAGUUUGGUCGUAUAGUUCGGGAGCACCACCAACUGCCUGUGAUAUCCUAGGUCCAAAACAUCCUGACCCCAACAAUAAAGCCCAAUUGAUUACAUCACAGCGUGGUCCAGCACCAUUCAAACUGGCUGCUCCAGCAUCUGCAGAAGCAUCAAAACCUUUGCAAAUUAAAUUGCUGGCAACCGGAGCUGAGGAGAUUCAAGGAUUCAUCGUUCAAGCCCAACUCGGUGACAAAGCUGUAGGCAACUUUGCACCAGUCGAUAGUAACGCGAAGGUUUUGCAAUGUGCUAGUGAUAGUGAUACCAUUACUCACACUAAAAUCAAGGAUUCACAUGUUAAGGAGGUUACUUUCAACUGGAUCCCCAGUGCUGACUUGAAAGGAAAGUCAGUGAAGUUGGUCGGCACUGUUGCGGCUGGGUAUGACAAAUUCUGGAUUAAAGGAGUCACAGCUGAUGUCCAAGUUAAUUAAAUGCUGUUAUCCUUAUCUUUUACUUUCUCUCCAAUACUAAGUGUUGUGUAUUAGACUUCCGAGGCUCAAAUUUUAAUUGAAAGAGAUGUUACCAUGCAACUGAAAUCAAACACAAAAAUAUCCUUGCAUAUUAUCCGCAUAGCAUUUAGAUUUCUAGAUGACCCUAUUAAAACAGUAUUUUUUU